CUCCUCGCCUCGUCUUCCAAACCCGAGAGCAAACGAGAAGGACGCCGGAGACCGAGAAGCAAUCUCUCCUCCCCCCGGCCAGCCGACCGACCGACCGACCCAUGGACCGCCGUCCUGCUCUCGCCGUCUCUCCGCGCCCGCCCCGGGUGCCCCGCCCGCCCCUCGUGCCAGCCUCCUCCGUGCAAACGCCUCCAGGAUCGAUGAAGAAGGCGGCGGCUCCGAUGCGCGCGUCCGUCUGCGCGAUCCCGUCGCCGGUCCGCUUCGAGCCCAGCCCGAUGCGCGCCUCCAUCUCCGCUCUCCCGUCGCCGAUCCGCGCCGAACCGAGCCCUAUGCGCGCGCGCGUGACCGCCGCGCUCCAGCCACCAAGUCGCGUCAAGCUCGACCUGGCUGCGUCGUCGCCUCCUCCGGCAAGGGCGGCGGCCGACAAGGAGAACUUCCUCCUCGCCGCGGCUCCGUCGUCCCCCUCGGCGAGGGUGGGGUUCGACAAGGAGAACCUCCUCCCGGCCGGCGCGGACGCCCACGACGAGCUUGUGGCGCUCAACCUCGCCGCGAUUGCCAGGACAGCGGGCACGCCGUCUGGUGGCCCGCUCUUCGUGCGGGGCAGACUCUACGACCUCUACUCGGCGCGCCGCAACGAGCGGCUCAAGCGCAAGCAGGACUUCCCCUUCUAUUCCGAGGAGUUCGCGUCCGCGGCAGUGGACCCCGAGACGAUGGCCGAGAACCCCUGUGUCGCCGUCGAGCUGUCCAAACGCCGCGUAGCCAAGAAGGCCUACGCCGCCAGCGGCGCGGAGUCCGUGAGGAGGUCUAUGCCAGCCGUCGACUUCGCAGCAUGCCGCGGUGGAGACUUGGGGCCGAGGUCCUCGCUCAGGAGCAGUAAGGAGAUGAAGAAGGCUUCCGCCGCGUCCGGCGCCGUUUCCAUGGCCACCAAGGUGAGGAGGGUCAACCCCAGGUCUUCGGUUCGCCGGUUCUGAGUGUUGUAGCGCUCUUCAUCUGAGGUUUUCUAGCUUCCACUCUCUGGUUCGAUAUGUCACUGUCACAUGUGGAUUUGGUGAUGCGGUCUACCUAUAACUAGUAGAUGUCAGUAAGAAACAUUGCCAGUUUUUUGUGCUCGGAAUUGGUUUGGCGAGCAACCCAGAUGCGAAUUGCGAAUCACCUUGGUGUUAGACACGCAGAGGGUGGAAGAAGAGAGCAUGAGAUCUGGAAGGGAAGCAGAGAUGUAGGCAACGGUGGUGUUCGUCUAUGUUCAGUUUCUUCUGGUUUUUCCAUAAUCCUCUUCCCAGAGUCACCCUUAUACCCUUACACGGGCUCGGCCCAAUGACACAGCGCUUAGCACAUUACAUGGCCCACUCAGGGCCCGUUACUCUCACAUUUCCGCGCUUACGGCUUUGGUUUUCUGUCGCCGUCGCCCUCCUGUUCUUCAUGUUGCUGCACCACUUCAUGGUCUUCAGGCAAGUCAGGUUGGCUUUCACCUUUCUUGGUCUGCCGCUGCUGCUCCUUGCUGGACAGCGCCGUCUCUUCCUCGUCGGCUGCCUCUUCUGGCGUCUCCCUUGACAUAUUGCUGACAUUUGGCUGGGUCAUAUUCUGAUGGGAAUAUAUUACUACGAGGUGGUGUUAAUAUAGGUUGGUUGCAGCAAGGUAGUCUGUGCUCUGAAUUUGGUUCUUUAGAAUAGUGACCAUAGUUGCCGUAAUUCUAUUUAUACGUCAGUCUAUCAUGUGUCAACCUAACAUUUCGAAUAUAUCUUGCAUUCUUUUCUUUCUUGCUGGUACAAAGUGUUUGUUUUCGUGGUCAGUCUUGUUAUAAAAACAUUCAAUGAUGCAUCUUUUUGAG